UCAUUUACACGCGUGAAAACGGCACACGUGUCAACCCUUCUUGUGGGUACAGUGGGAGGGGGGAGGAGGAUGAAGAAAGGCAAUCAAUGGCGUUAAUGCACUGGCGCUGUUUAUAUCUCAGUUUUUAUGUCUUGUGGGACCCUCUAGUUCUCUCUCCCUCUCUCUCUGUGUGAUUAAGGACAGCUAUUGCUGAUACUGCUUUUAGUCCCCACCCUACUUUGAAGCUCAUUCAUGGCUUCUCUGUACUCUCUCUCUUCACUCUGCUUCACUUUCUUCUCUCGCGUGCUUUCCAUUCUCUGAAUCCUCCGCCAGCAGAAGCUUCUUACCUUUUCUUCUGGGUACUUUUAAAUUUUUUGCUCUUCUUUCAAUCUGAAGGGGAAGGCAAAUGAAUGAAGGGGAGGUUGUGAAGUUGAAUCUCAGCAUGAUUCUUCGAGGGGUGCUGUUAUUAUUUUUUCUCUGUUUUUGUGGAUCUCUUUCCAGCCCAGUAGAUCACUUUGAAGAUUCUGCCUUAAGAGACAAAAGGGCUGAUGCUCUUUUGCCUGAGAUAUCUCCAACUUUGGCUCCUCAGCCCUUUCUUCCUUUUCUUGCACCUACUCCCUUGUCACCUUUUACAAAUAGUACUAUCCCAAAAUUAUCAGGGCGCUGUAUGUUAAACUUCACAGCUGCUCAAAGUUUGAUGAGCACAACUUCAAUAGAUUGUUCGGCUUUCUUUGCCCCGUUGCUGGCUAAUGUAAUAUGUUGUCCUCAGCUAGAGGCCACUCUUGUUAUUCUUAUGGGUAUAUCCAGUAAAGAAACUGGCGUGCUUUCUUUGAAUGGAACUCAUGCCAAGCAUUGCCUUUCAGAUGUAGAGCAAAUUUUGGUGGGACAAGGUGCUAGUGACAAUCUUAAGGAGAUUUGUUCGAUUCAUCCAUUGAACCUCACUGAAGCAUCUUGCCCAGUCAAAGAUGUUAGUGAAUUUGAGAGCACUGUAGAUUCUUCUAAGCUUCUUUCAGCCUGUGAAAAGAUUGAUCCUGUGAAUGAAUGUUGUGAUCAAAUUUGUCAAGGUGCUAUACUAGAUGCUGCUACAAAGAUUGCAUUGAAAGUUUCUGAUCCAUUGAUCCUGGAUGGGUCCCAUUUGUUAUCUGAUCACUCAACUAGGAUUGAUGAUUGUAAAAACAUUGUCUUCCGGUGGCUGGCAAGUAAGCUAGAUCCUUCUCAUGCAAAGGAAGUUCUCAGAGGACUAACAAAUUGUAAUGUUAAUAAAGUUUGCCCUUUGGUUUUACCCAACAUGAGGCAUGUUGCAAAUAGCUGCGGGAACGGGGUGAGUAAUCAGACAGCUUGCUGUAAUGCUAUGGGAAGCUAUGUGGCUCACUUGCAAAAGCAGACUCUAAUUACCAAUUUGCAAGCUUUGGACUGUGCUACAUCUCUAGGACUGAAGCUACAGAAAUCAAAUAUCACUAAAAAUAUUUAUAGCCUUUGUCAUAUAAGCCUCAAGGAUUUCUCUCUUCAAGUUGGUAAUCAAGUAUCAGGAUGCCUUCUGCCAAGCCUGCCUUCAGAUGCAACAUUUGAUAGAGUCUCAGGGGUUAGCUUCAUAUGCGAUCUGAAUGACAACAUUCCAGCUCCAUGGCCCUCGGCAUCACAAUUACCAGCUUCAUCAUGCAACAAAACUGUCAGAAUUCCGGCCCUUCCUGCAGCAGCAUCCGGUCAACAUGGUCUUUACAGUGAGGAUUCGAAAUUAAUUGUCCUCCUCGCGUCCUCGGUUGUUCUCAUGAUGCUCUUGUAGCUGUAAGCAAAUGCUGGUUAUGUACAUUGAGAAAAUUUUACCAGCACCAUACAAUUUUAUCUAUCAUUGGAGAUUUGAGGAUUUUUGGACAACGAUCGUGGAAAAAUUCCUUUGUUACCAUCAAGGCAUGAUAAUUAUGAAAUCAAAAAGUAUAUUUGCGAGAGAGACUCCAGAACUGAGAGAUUUGAAGUUUGUGUUACUAAUGAUAUAGUAAUUCAUGAUUCUUGCUUGCUUGUGUAAUAAAAAUCUACUUGUAAAAAGUAUUUAAGAAGAUGAUGUUGGAUUAAGAAGCUAAUAUCCUGUUUAUCUACACCUUGUAAAUGUGGGUUGCAGCCUCCAGAUGUAUUACAAGCUUACUUUCUCCUCUAUAUUUCGAUAAUAUAUAUGACUAAAGUAUGCUUCUGCCUUCA